UUUUGUGUCUUUUACGUGCCUAAUUAUCGUGGUAUUGGCAAUGGGACAGACAGUGACGACCCCACUUAGCCUGACGCUAGAUCAUUGGACAGAAGUAAGGACUAGGGCACAUAAUUUGUCAGUAGAAGUUAAGAAAAGACCUUGGCAGACUUUCUGCAUCUCCGAAUGGCCCACCUUCAAUGUUGGGUGGCCUUCAGAGGAGACUUUUGAUCUCUCCACUUUAUUAGCAGUAAAAGCUGUUGUCUUCCAGGAUUCGUCUCAAGGACACCCGGAUCAGCAACCCUACAUUGUAGUCUGGCAAGAGUUGGUGGAGAACCCACCGCCCUGGGUAAAGCCCUGGGUGCAAAAAAAAAUGGGCCCUCGAGUUUUAGCUGCCCAGACCCAACCUCAGAGCAAGGAAAAAGAAACUACUAAAGUUCACCCUGACACUCAAGAUUUGCUUAUAGUUGACGAUCCCCCUCCUUACCCUCCUGCCCCUACGGCACCCCUGGCCCCAGCACCACCAGCCCCGGCACCCCCGGCACCGCCAGCCCCAGCACCCCUGGCACCCUCAGUCCCUAAUGCUGAGGCAGUGGGACCGGCUUCGGGACCUGCCCAGGGAACUCGGCGCCGCCGAGGGGCCACCUUGGACCCACCGGGUAUUUUUCCUCUCCGGUCUUAUGGAGUUCCCAUCCUCGGGGAAGAGGGGGACCGGCCUUUCCAACCUCUGCAAUAUUGGCCAUUUUCCUCUGCCGAUUUGUAUAAUUGGAAAGCGAACCACCCGCCCUCUUCAGAGGAACCACAAAGACUAACUGGUCUGAUAGAGUCCCUGAUGUUUUCUCACCAGCCCACUUGGGAUGACUGUCAGCAGCUUUUGCAGGUGCUCUUCACCACAGAAGAGAGAGAGAGGAUCCUCCUGGAGGCGCGAAGGAAUGUGCCUGGAACCGACGGGUGACCAUUGCAACUCCCUCAUGACAUAGAGAGGAGGUUCCUGUUGACCAAAUCCAACUGGGACUUUAAUUCUCCAGAAGGUAGGGAGCGACUAACCGUCUAUCGCCAGGCUCUGGUGGCAGGUCUCCGUGGGGCCGCAAGACACCCCAUCAAUUUGGCCAAGGUAAGAGAGGUCAGUCAGGGAGCCACUGAAGCACCCGCAGUGUUCUUAGAACGCCUGAUGGAAGCCUUCAGGCGGUAUACUCCCUUUGAUCCCACUUCUGAGGAGCAUAGUGCUUCAGUGGCCCUUGCUUUUAUCGGACAGUCGGCACCCGACAUUAGAAAAAAGCUUCAGAGAUUAGAGGGCUUACAAGAUUUGUCGUUGAAAGAUUUGGUAAAAGAGGCUGAGAAAGUGUAUCACAAGAGGGAGACGGAGAAAGAGAAAGAGUUAAGGAAAGCGAAAGAAAGAGAAAGUAAGGAAGAAAAGAGAGACAGGAAGCAUGAGAAGAAUUUAACAAGGAUCUUGGCUGCAGUAGUAGAAGGCAGAGGACGCCCACCUCCUAGUGGCAGAACUAGUAAGACAGGGACCUGGGCAACCGGACCCCUUUAG